AUGAAAAGAAACACUAAGCUCUAAAUUGCUAUCUAUAAUAUAGCUCAUAUGUAUAACAUAUAUAUUAAAUAUGAAGACAGUACCAGCAUCACAAUAACUACAUUUCUUUCUAAAUUAUCAGCCUAACCUAUAAUAAAUAAAAUUUAGGGAAAAGGAAACCAUUUAUACAUGAUAUACAGGUUGAUGAGCAGUCUAAACCAAUGUUUAGGAUUUGCUAGAAAAUCUUAUGGAGUUCAUCUUAACAAUUAUGAAUUAGUCACAGUAUAAUUUUAUGCUUUGCACUGUCCAGAAGAAUCUAAUUAGACAUUACGAGUAAGGAAGCAUAAGAAAGGAUUAUUGUGCUGUAGAAUUAAAGUGAGCUUAAGAACAUGUUUAAGAUUGGUUCCCAUUAUUGAUAAUUUACAGAAGAGUCUAAUUCUGUUUACAAGAUAUGAGUCUGAUUUUGCAGCAAAAGAAUCAGGCGUGCUCAAAUCUUAAUCAUAAGUUUUAGUAUCUCAAGUCCAAUAAUUAGAAUAAAUAAAUAGUAAAAAAUAAUUGACAUCAGAUACCUAUUGA